CUUAUAAAUAAAAAAACCCAUUACAAAUUCGCCAUUUAUAUAUUUCUUUAGUUUGCUUCUCUUUCAAGAUCACAAUGAAUUAUGUGCCAUAUAUGUGGGUGUCUUGGUUGCCAACUAAUGGUGAAUAAAGCAGCUUCCCAUGAAAAACACUUGCGUGUGGGUGGGUAAUUGGUAUGCAUUCAUGGCACAUAAUUCAUUUUUCAAAGUAAUAAAAUCCCCAGUGAAGUAGACAGUUGAAUGUCCACAUUGAAAAAUAAUUAUAUAAUGUACUUGUACCCUGGUCUUGAGGUCAUUGAUAAUAAACUCCAAAUGUUGGUUUUCGAUGGAAUUAAAAUAAUCGAAUAAAGCAAAUGUGUGAUUCCGGUCCACGGUGAACUUCCACAAGAUACAUAAUAUAAAUUUUCUUGUCUUUCCUUUGUUUGCCUGUCUUAAUUAGUCAGAUCUCCCUUUUUGUUCAGUUUUUCACUUUACAGUUUCCUCUCUCUCUGACACUCAAACACACGCAAAAAGAAAUGAGUUCUAACGUGUCAGAAGUUGCUCUUGAUUUGUUUCCCUAUCUUAAAGUAUAUCAAGAUGGAACCGUUGAGAGAACUGCCGGAGUUGAAGUAGUUUCGCCAGGACUUGAUCCUGAAACCAACGUUUUAUCCAAAGAUAUCGUGAUCAUACCCGAAACCGGCGUCUCAGCUAGGAUUUACCGACCCAACUUGGCUAGUAAGGAUCAAAAGCUACCACUUGUAGUUUAUUUUCAUGGUGGAGCCUUUUGUGUAGCAUCGCCAGCUUUUCCAAACUACCAUAACAGCAUCAACAAGCUAGUUGCUGAGGCUGACAUCGUAGUUCUUUCGGUUGACUACAGGUUAGUCCCAGAGCACCCACUUCCUACUGCAUAUGAAGACUCAUGGGCUGCAAUUCAGUGGGUAGCUUCCCAAAAGGAGGGAGAUGGCAACCAUGAGGCUUGGAUCAAGGAUUAUGUCGACUUUGAACAGGUGUUUAUGGCCGGUGAUAGUGCUGGUGCAAAUAUUGCACACCACUUGGCUUUUUGGAUCAAGGAAUCGGUUCUGGGUCAAAAGUUGAAGAUUCUUGGUAUUGGUAUGAUCCAUCCUUACUUUUGGGGAGUAACCCCUAUUGGAGCAGAGGUUAAUGAUUCGUUCAGGAAAGAAUUAGUGGACAAGUGGUGGUUGUACGUUUGUCCUUCUCAUAAAGGGUGUGAUGAUCCGCUUAUCAACCCUUUUGUGGAUGGAUCCCCUGAUCUUGCGGGCUUGGCAUGUGAUAGAAUCCUUAUUAUUGUUGCAGAGAAGGAUAUACUGAAGGAUAGAGGUUGGUUUUAUUAUGAUAAAUUGGUGAAAUCUGGGUGGAAGGGAAAGGCAGAGAUUAUGGAGACAGAAGGUGAGGAUCAUGUCUUCCAUAUCUUUAACCCUGACUGUGCCAAGGCCAAGAGCUUGAUAAAACGCUUGGCUUCUUUCCUAAACCAAGGGAAGGUUCCUGUUGAGUGAAAAAUGUGGUGUAUGGGGUUGUUUUUGUAAUAAAAUAAGUUCAAGUGCGAUUAAGAUCUACCUAGAUUCCCUUUCCAAGUACCUGUUUGUCAAGAUUUCUUUGCCUUUACUCUUGAUUGACGUAAUUUUCUAGUAGUAUUGUGUCUAUGCGAAAUCAUUCUACUUUCUCUUCUCCUUUUCCUAGAUUCGUCCAUUCUAGAAUGAUUUAAUUGGCAUUAAGGAUCCUCGAUUUUAUGUUC